GAGAUCCUCCCUCAGUUUCCACGGUGACGGCCUCCCUCUCUGUCGGCUCAUCAGGAUGGGAGAUAAAGGAACGAGAGUGUUUAAGAAGGCCAGUCCCAAUGGAAAGCUCACAGUCUAUCUGGGGAAGAGAGACUUCGUGGACCAGGUGGAUCUGGUGGAGCCCGUCGACGGCGUCAUCCUGAUCGACCCGGAGUACCUGAAGGAGAGGAAAGUGUUCGUGACUCUGACCUGUGCGUUCCGGUACGGUCGGGAGGACCUGGACGUCCUCGGUUUGACGUUUCGGAAAGACCUGUUCGUGGCGAACGUCCAGGCGUUUCCUCUGGUGCCCGAAGAGAAGAAGAGUCUGACUCGUCUUCAGGAACGCCUGAUCAAGAAACUUGGAGAGCACGCACACCCGUUCACUUUCGAGAUCCCUCUGAACCUGCCGUGCUCCGUCACCCUGCAGCCGGGCCCCGAGGACACAGGGAAGGCCUGCGGCGUGGACUUCGAGGUGAAGGCUUUCUGUGCAGAAAACGUUGAGGAGAAAAUCCACAAGAGGAACUCUGUGCGUCUGGUGAUCAGGAAAGUUCAGUUUGCUCCGGAGAAGCCGGGCCCUCAGCCGACCGCAGAGACCACUCGACAGUUCCUGAUGUCGGACAAACCGCUGCACCUGGAGGCCUCUCUGGACAAAGAGAUUUAUUACCACGGAGAGCCGAUCAGCGUCAACGUCCACGUCACCAACAACACCAACAAGACGGUGAAGAAGAUGAAGAUCUCAGUGCGACAGUACGCAGAUAUCUGCCUCUUCAACACGGCGCAGUACAAAUGUCCGGUGGCCACCGAGGAGUCAGACGAUCUCGUCGCUCCCAGUUCGACGUUCUGCAAAGUGUUCACCCUCACUCCGUUUCUGGCCAGCAACCGGGAGAAGCGAGGCCUGGCUCUAGACGGGAAGCUGAAGCACGAGGACACCAACUUGGCCUCCAGCACACUGUUGAGGGAAGGAGCCAAUAAGGAGAUCCUCGGCAUUAUCGUGUCAUACAAAGUCAAAGUGAAGCUGGUCGUAUCUCGAGGCGGGCUCCUGGGAGAUCUGGCUGCGAGUGACGUCUCUGUGGAGCUGCCGUUUACGUUAAUGCACCCGAAGCCGUUAGAGGAGUCCUUCUACACAGACGCUCCAGAUGAAGCUCCGAUCGACACAAACCUGAUCCAGUUCGACACAAACGACGAUGACAUAAUCUUCGAAGAUUUCGCCCGCCAGCGACUUACCGCCGGAGCGAAUGACGACGAAGACGAAGAGCCGGUGGACUCGCCAAAACUGGACGACAGAUAGAGCCGCCACCCCGCCCCCCCCGCUGCUGUUGUUGUUUGGCUGCUGUUUGUAGAGUCCGGAAAACUGUCCGGAAACCCUUUAAACGCGAUCCCGUCCCGACGCCGUGUUUCAGACGGAGGAGCUCGGCCGGUCGUGAAUCGAACCGGCGCCGCGGCGGGGUCGUCACGGUGGCCGGUAGCAUGCCUCUGAUGUCACUUUGUUCUACUUGUUUCCAUUAGGGAGCUGCAGGAGUAACGUUGUGUUGAGAUUAGUUUCGAUGUGUCGUAUCAAACGGUCCUCAUAGACACUGCCAAAUGCUCACCGUGUUUCCCCCGAGAAACACCCUGAGAAGAAGCUUCCCAACGAAACGCAACCGAAACUGUCCGAGAGGGAAGUGUGGCCUCGUUUGCAUGAAAUACAUCCAUACUUAUUAUUAUUUAUUAAUAUCAUGAAUAAUCAACCUUUAUAGAGGAUGGCCCUGAAACAUAUGAUCAUUAACCUGCAUCACGAUAAACAUCGUCCUCCUUUUAUCUCAGCUGCUGAGUCUUUAAUCUACCAGUAUCUGACAUUCAUAAGAGAGCACAUUUACAUUUCCCUGAUAUGCAAGAUAACAACUACGGAGGCCGACAGAUGCAAACGAGCCACAGCGUCCCAAACCUCUUCCAUCAGGAGGAACUCUGCAGCUUCAGAGAG